AUGGUGCUCAAGCGCCCGUCUGCUACCAAGACCAAGGACUGGAAGAACGUGCCGUACGCCAGGGGGAAGAACGCGACGCCUGGCAGGGGCUUGCGCCGCGAGCAAGCAAAGUGGAAGCGCACAGUCCCAGAGCUAUUGGCGGCGUCUGACGUGGAGAUCGUGAACAUCCUGCGGGAGGACAAGCUGCUCGUCGAUUGGACUGGGGCGACCUGUCCCAUCUGCGGGCGCGGCACGCUCGGGGAGUUAGUCGCCCGCCCGCACAAGGGCAACCGCCUCUUGCAUCGAUGCGAUGCGAAGUGCUGCCAGAGGUACGUGUCCCCUGUCUACUUGAACCCCAUCUUCAGCGCAGUGGAGCGGAUCUGGAGUAACGUUGAGCAGGCGCGGAGGAUGUACGUGGAGGACGUGGAGCCGACCAUUGAAUAUAGUGGGUCGAAAGUGUGGGCAGACGUGGAGGCUGACGAGGCGACCUUCGACAAGCUGGACAUGACCGACGGGCCCGAGCCUCUGGGAGACCCAACUCACCCCGUCAUGUGGGAGCAGUGGUUGGGCAUUGUGCAGCGCGGCAGGCCGCGCACGCUGACACUUACGAGAUUGUGCCCCGAGAUGGCGGAGAAGCGGGCGCCUGGCCCUGGGGCCGUGCGCAAGGUAGAGUGGAAACCCCUGGCGGAGCGCUGGCUGGAAGACCGCGACGUCGUCUUUCACACUGACUCGGCGCGUUCCUACAAAUUACGCGUGCCAGGUGUCAUCCACGACUUCGUUGUCCACCAGAAGAAGUACAAGAAAGUCGGCGGCAAGAGGGUGCUGAUUCCUCCCAGGUAUGUCGAGCUGCAGACGCACGUACUCCCAUCGGGCAAGCACCUCAAAGUCAAGAGCGGCACCCAGAUCAUUGACCGUGCGUGGCGCUUCAUCAAGGACCGCCUGCACAGGAGCGCCACCGCCAAGGCAGGCACCAAGCUGCUCGCCACGAAGAUCCGCUCGGCCCAAUACGACUACUGGCACAAGGACGACGGCAUGUGGGCCGAGACGGGGGAGAUGGUGCAGCACAUCAUGCGCGACGUGCUGGUGGCGUGA